CACCGUGUCAGUUACAUUGUAACAAAAGUGCUGCCGCUCCUCCAGCCCGCACUCAGGCCCGCCCGCCGCCAGCUGUCGCCGACAUGGAAUCCGUGGCCAGCAACAUCCAGGUUCUGCUGCAGGCGGCCGAGUUCCUGGAACGCCGCGAGAGAGAGGCUGAGCACGGAUACGCGUCCCUGUUCCCGCACCGAAGUCCAGGCCCCGUCCACAGAAAGAGGAAGGGAUCCCCCCAAGCUCUUGGCGCGUUGGACAGUGGGCGGUCUGUGCACAACGAGCUGGAGAAGCGCAGGAGGGCCCAGCUGAAGCAGUGCCUGGAGCAGCUGAAGCAGCAGAUGCCCCUGGGGGCUGACUGUGCCCGAUAUACCACACUGAGCCUUCUGCGCCGGGCCAGGAUGCACAUCCAGAAGCUGGAGGAGCAGGAGCAGCGGGCCCAGAGGCUCAAGGAGCAGCUGCGCAGCAAGCAGCAGAGCCUGCAGCAGCAGCUGGAGCAGCUCCGGGCGCCGGUGGGGGCUGGUGAACGGGAGCGGCUGCGGGCAGAUAGCCUGGACUCCUCAGGCCUCUCCUCUGAGCGUUCUGACUCAGACCAAGAGGAACUGGAGGUGGACGUGGAGAGCGUGGUGUUCGGGGGUGAGGCCGAGCUGCUGCGGGGCUUCAGUGCGGGCCAGGAGCACAGCUACUCACACAGCGGCGCCUGGCUAUGACCCUUGCCACCCCAGAGCGUGCCUCUGCCCUGAGACCACCCUCUGCUCCACUCAGCCGGGCAGGAGCCCUCCCCAAGCCUCAAGGGCUGCUCAGUCACCUCCUGUUGGAAUGGACUAAAAGGACCUUGGCAUGGGAGCCCGUGCUCCUCCUGCCCCUCCGCUGGCUGCUGCAGUGCCUCCGAGGGGAGAGGGGAGGGGGCCUGGCCUCCCCUGAGCCCAGCACGACAGGCAGCUUAGGCCUGGGCCACCCUUCCAGGCCUUUUUUGUAGCACUUGGUUCUGUUGUCCCCACAGGGACAGGAAGCCUCUUGGGCCCAUCUCCACUUUUCUUCCUAGACAAGGCCCCCUGGCCUUUGCCCCAUAGAUACUGUACAGUGUUUUCAUUAAAAGGCUUUCAUCA